AUGCCUGGCCAUGUCGGGCAUCCAUUGCGUCGGCUACUUCCCGCUACAGAACGCACUCAGAUUGGAGUGGCUUCCCUUCGGGAUCCUUCGGCAGAGAGCGAAUCGAGGCUCAGAAUCAGGUCGGCUUGUAAUGCCUGUCGCACGCGAAAAUCCAAGUGUAGUGCGGAGCGACCAAAAUGUGCUGCUUGCAUCUCCCAAAAGACCCAUUGCGAGUAUAACACUGCCAACACGGAUGAAACGCAUUCUCACGCUCUCAAACGAAAGUACGACGUGUUGACUCAACGAAAGACGAACUACGAAGAGCUAUAUGAACUGCUUCAAACCCGUCCUCCAGAGGAAGCCGCUGAAGUCUAUACACGCAUAAGAGCUGGCGCUGAUGCAGGGUUCCUUCUCAGGCAUAUACAGGACGGAAGUCUUCUUCUGCAGAUGAGGAUGGUGCCCGAGAGUCGCUAUCGCUAUCGAUUCCCCUAUAUAGACGAGAUGCCGGCAUUCUUACUGUAUCCAGAAAAUCCAUACCUCGAUUCAUUGCUAUAUGAAUGUACUCUUAGGGACCGAAUACCUCUCGUUUCGCAAGCAAUGGCACCAGCAUCAUCUUCAGCGCCCGGUGGAGAUGAACACCAAGGCGCCUACCUCAAGCCUUUUCAUGCAGCGGAAGUUGUGGAUCCAAAGUUGGAAUUGAUUAAGCCGUCUGCUUGGACUUCUGUUUGCUCUGAUGAUGGGCUGAUGCGAAAACUCUUUGAUAUUUACUUUCUCCAAGAAUAUCAUGCGGCUCCAUUUUUCCACAAGGACUAUUUUCUUGAAGACAUGAUUGAUAAAAGACAUGACUUCUGUUCUUCUUUAUUGGUCAACGCCAUAUUGGCCAUGGCUUGCCAUUCCGAUCAUUCCAAUCCGAACCGUGCAGAGUUCUGGAACCCGAAUAACAGAGCCUAUCGAUUUCUUGCCGAAACCCGUCGCUUAUGGGAACUGGAAGCGAGAGAACCGAAUCUUAUGACCGUUCAGGCCACCCUUAUCCUCCAUAUUGUCUAUAACAUGAAUGGGACAGAUGAGCUUGGUUACCGUUACCUUGAACAGGCAGUAGAGAUGGCUAAUAGUCUCGAUCUGUUCAAGUCAUCCGCUAUAGCGAGCAGAAAGAAACGCAAUGCCCGAGAGUUGACUGCUUGGGUUUUGCAUGGUUGGCAAGGUGUUAUGGCUUAUAUGCAUCAGCGCUUACCUUUAUGCCAGAAUGCGCCUGAAUCGUCUCUGCCAGAUCCGUUCGAGCAUCCCCAGUGGUAUGGAGAGGUUAGGUUCAAGUUCCCGUGUGCUCCAACCAUAUUUAGCACUCAUCUCAGUCAAUUCACCUGGGCAAAAAUAGAAUUGUGGUGCAUAGCACGGGAUAUGGCAUCUCAAAUCAAGGAGUUAAAAGCUAGGCACGUUGAGCUUUUGGCCAACCAAGUUUUAGCAUUCUGUAUUAAACUGGUACACUGGUACAGGAAUCUUCCGCGGUGCAUGAGGCCGGAUCGAAUCGUUACCCCAUAUCAGCUACAGCUUCACAUGCAAUUCCAUAAUUACAUAAUCAAUCUCCUCGAAGAACCAAUGGUUACCAGGCUAGACAACCCGCAAUUCAUCGACAUCUUCUCUCAGUCCCUUGGGCAAAAGCCUCGGGAGCUUCUCUCUAGUUCGAAACUUUUAUUCGAGACAGUAAUUCGCUUAUACUACCUCCGCCAUGGCUUUGAAGCAUUGGACUACUUCAUGGUCCAAUAUCUCAGCAUGCUUGCCUUUAUGGCUCAUGGUGCUAUUCAUGCAAGCAUGCAAAAGACGACGCUACAGGCGCUACAGUCAACCAUUUUACUCGCCACCAUGGGUCUCCGCGAUCAAAGCGCUUCCUCUUACACGGGCCGGAUGGUGUUCAAAGUAGUCCAUAGUGGAAUGAGGCCAGAGGAGAUUGAGCUGAUAGAUCGAUUUACAGGGCAGGGCCGACAUAUAGAGAAUCAGCCACCGCCAGGCUGGCGAGCUAUAUCUUCAUGGGGAUUGGAUUUUGGCAGCAUCGCUGCUGAUCGCGCAGCCUCUAAUCUCGGUAAGCUUUUUGAAGAAGCUAGAAUCAGUGAAUCAGCUGAGCACGAUGACUAG